AAGUUGGAUUUCAAGGGAGUGUCGUCCUGCCUGGGGGCCUUGGGUUCCUCCCCUGCCCCCACGUCGACCAGCACCCCGGACGACCUGUCCCAUCAGCAGUUCAACAUCUUUCCAGCGAUUUUCAGCCGGCAACUCAACUUCAACGCCUGUCCCCAGUCGAAAUCGAUGAUGGAGGAGCUGAGGCCGAAUCUGGUCGGCGUCGGUAACUUGCUGGGGGUCGGCGGACUGUUGGAGGAGCACCACGGACAUCUGACCGGCAGCUCUGGCAGCAGUAACGGCGACAAGGGUAUAGCCAGGAAGUGCAACACGAGCGGGUCGUCGGCGGAAGACUUCACGGCUAUCUAUGGGGGACUUCCGCAUGCACACGACCACCAUCCCCACACGCCUGCACACACGCCACCCGCCGUCCCAAGAACUAUCACCGAUCACACUGAUGGAGCCUUCAAAAAACUGAAACCUGAACCACAGAGCACCGGCAGCAGUUCAUUAGGCACCGUGUCACCCGGAGGUCCCCAGCAUGCGGGCCACACCCCGACAACGGCUUCCUGUCCGACACCCGCACGACGAAGGCACCGCACCACCUUCACGCAGGAACAACUGGCCGAACUGGAGGCCGCCUUCGCGAAAAGCCACUACCCGGACAUCUACUGCAGAGAGGAAUUAGCUAGGAGUACCAAACUGAACGAAGCUAGGAUACAAGUAUGGUUUCAGAACCGACGGGCGAAAUACCGCAAGCAGGAAAAGCAGCUCCAAAAGGCGCUCGCUCCCAGCGUGCUGCCCGGCUGCAACGGCGCCAUGAUGCGAAACAUCUACCCCGGAGCAGCCCGGGGCUACCAACCCUAUCCGCACCCCACGGCCAUUAACAGAUACCCUCAGAUGACUACUUCUUCCUAUCCUGGAAUGGCUCAAUCGUUUUCAAUGUCCCACGGUACAAAUAUGUCUUCAGUUACAGGAAUGAGGCAAGAUGCAAUGAGUAUGGGACCCGAAGAAGAAUGGUACAAUAAAAGUUUAUCGGCAUUGAGGAUGAACACAACGCACCACCCCAAUUUAGCGGCUCCAAUGUUGCAAUAUCAAACGUAAUAACGAAC